AUGUCUCCCUCCGCCGUCAACCCCACGACCGUCUCAGGCCUUACCGAGGCUGGCAUUGAGCACCACAUCGUCGAGCACCCUCCGUCGGGCGCGUCCAAUGGCCACGAGCUCGCCCAGCUCGAUGCCUCCAAGCUCACCACGACCUUCACCACUUCCCCGCGGCCCGUGCCGGAGCCCAACUCGGCGGAGGUCAUCGCGCAGAAGGUGUGCACCGACCACAUGAUCACCGUGUCCUGGACGGCAGAUCACGGCUGGCACACGCCGGAGCUCAAGCCGUACGGGCCGCUCUCGCUGAUGCCGACGGCAUCGUGCCUGCACUACGCCACCGAGUGCUUCGAGGGCAUGAAGCUGUACCGCGGCUUCGACGGCAAGCUGCGUCUCUUCCGGCCUGAUCGCAAUGCGGCGCGGCUGCUGACAUCUGCCAAUCGAAUCUCGCUGCCGUCCUUCGAGCCGGCGGAACUGGAGAAGCUGAUCGCGAAGCUCUGCGCCGUCGACGGGCCCAAGUGGCUGCCCGUAGACCGCGCCGGCCAGUUCCUAUACAUUCGCCCAACCUUUAUCGCUGACGACGAAGCGCUCGGCGUCAAUGUUCCCAAGCGUGCGCUUCUGUACGUCAUCAUCUGUAACUUCCCCAACCUGGACAAGCCCACCGGCUCCCUGGCGAAGCCCGGCCUGAAACUUCUUGCAUCCCGCGAUGACAUGGUAAGAGCCUGGCCAGGUGGAUUCGGCUACGCUAAGCUCGGAGCCAACUACGGUCCUUCGUUGAUUGCGCAGGGAGAAGCGAGGGCUCGGGGGUUUGAUCAGAUUUUGUGGUUGUUGGGGAACGACUGCCUGGUCACGGAGGCGGGCGCCUCCAACUUUUUCGUCGUCUGGCGCGCUCCGGAGUCGAACAAGCUGCAGAUCAUCACUGCCCCGCUGGACGACCGCAUCAUCCUCGACGGAGUGACGCGGCGCUCGGUGCUCGAGCUCGUCCGCACCCGUCUCGUCAACGGCUGGGCUGGCGCCGACGCAGCCGAGGAGACGCUCGAGGGCCUUGAGAUUGUCGAGCGCAAGUUCACCAUGAGCGAGGUUGUCGACGCUGCAGCUGAGGGCCGUCUCGUCGAGGCAUUCGCUGCUGGAACCGCCUUCUUCAUCGCUCCCGUCGGUCUGAUCCACUUCAGGGGUAAGGACAUCGAGAUCCCUCUGGCGGCCGGCGAGACUGGCAAGUACGCUCACGUCAUCAAGACCUGGCUGCGUAACAUCAUGUACGGCAAGGAAGAUCACGAGUGGGCUCGUGUUGUUCCCGAUGAGGGCUGCCAGGCUUGA